GCGGAGCGCCCUGGGCCGAGCGGGUCAUUGUUUGGAGCCGCGGUGCCAGGCAGGCUGCUUGCUUGCUUGGGCCGCGCCUGGGCUGCCUCCGCGGGCCUCGAGCAGCCCGAGCCCGAGUGCUGCCCCCGAGACGGCGGCGGGCAAGGUGAGGCCUCCGUGCAUGGCCUCUGGGCACAGUCUGCCCGCAGGAAGGAGGCCUGCACGUCGGGUCUCUGCUGGCGGGGAGAGCUGCCUUGGGUACGUGACUCGUCCCUCUCGCAGGCAAGACGGGACAGAGCUCCUGUUGCUGCGGCUCCGCUGGCAGCGGCAGAGGUGGUUUCUUGGCUCCCAGCGUGGCUGGGAGGGGGGCAGCGCGCCUGCUCCCCUACCUUUUGGUGCGAGCAGCCGGCCACUGUGGAGCAGCUCACCUGGCGCUCCUUGGGACAACGAUGGCAAUGAUGCCAUUGGCUGAGACCCCCGGAGGGGAAGCCUCAUCUUGGCAGGAGGUUUUUUUGGGGUGGCGUUGCGUGUGGAGCUGGGGAGAAGAAAUCAGGAAAGCCUUUGGGUGCCAGAACCUGGCCCUGUCUUCCCCAGAUGUUGAACUCAAACUCCUCCUGGCUUCUGGUGGGUGUUUCCAGGUGGGACUAAAGCCCUCCUGUGGCAAGAGCCAUGUGGUGGUGGUGUCCAGCAGUUCCGCACCACAAUCCCCUCUGCCACCAGAUCCCAUGUAGUUUUGUCAUCUUCUGCCUGGAGGAUCUCUCUCCUGCUGGCCUUCCCAACAAGAGGAACCAGCCCUGGGCAAGGUCUGUUUGCGAGCUUCCUUGGUGUGCCACUGCCAUGUUGAGCCUGCCACAAGCCACGUGGUUGUGUGUGUGUGACCCUAAGAAGAGUGACUUGAAUAGAGCGGUGGUGAUGUCUCCAUCCAGGAGCCCUCUUUGACCUCUGCCUGGAGAGGCGCCUGGCACUUAUUUCCUGGCUGUAGGCGGGGGCAGCUUUGGAUUGUGAUCUUCUGCCUGUGAGAACAAGCUGUGUCUUGGUGCACUACCAUAAACCUCACAAGUCUGGAACUGAGGGGUGGCUUUGAAAUGUUUUAACAUCUUCCCUGGCAGUUGGGGCAGGUGACCUGUUAGGGGCAUGGUGUCUCUGGCCCUGAGCAAGGUAGUUUCAGGAAUUGGCCCAGUUGAAAGUAGCUGCUGCACGGAGGAGGCUGACUCAGAGUCAUGAAACAGGCCAGCUCUUGGGUUGCUAGGCUGGGCCUGGGGGCCGCUGCGGUCCCAGGCUGCCAAAACAUCUUGGCAGCCUGACUUGCAAUGCCACAGAGUUCUUGCCUUUAUACACCUGGACUAGUUGUAUGGGACAAGAAGAAGCAGAGAGGUUAUCGGUCUCCCCUGCCAGGCUGCCUGAAGGCUCUUAUUACUUUCUGCAGGUGACCAACCUAGAAGUGACUGGAAAGUCUGCUUUGGGCAGCUGGGCUGCCUGAUUUGUGCUUUUGCCUCUGCUUACACUCUGGGCGUGAUUCCUUCCUGGCAGAUUUGGGCAAGGUGAUCCAGAGUAAGCUCCACAAAGUUCUGGGAGUCUUCUUGCCCCCCCCCCCCCCCGCUUUGCCUGCACAGGAUGAUUGCAGCCCUAGGUGGCAGGCAGGCACUUGCAGGCUGCUAGCAGCGGUAUAAAAUUUCCAACUUCCUGGGAAUCAUCUGGCUUCCCUCCACCCAGAUCUUUGGCCUGUUUCUCUGCCCUUCCCCCACCCCCUGUGGUGUCCAGGUGCUGCUUCUGCCACCAGGGAGGUGUUCAGCAGACAAGGCUGUUUAUUGGCAUUAGCUAGUUAUCUGGUUCGAAUCCACAGGACUGAGUGAGCUCCCCUUGCUUGCUCCUGCCAACCUAGCAGUUCGAAAGCACGUCAAAGUGCAAGUAGAUAAAUAGGUACCGCUACAGUGGGAAGGUAAACGGCAUUUCCGUGUGCUGCUCUGGUUCACCAGAAGCGGCUUUGUCAUGCUGGCCACAUGACCUGGAAGCUGUACGCCGGUUCCCUCGGCCAAUAGAGCGAGAUCAGCGCCGCAGCCCCAGAGUCGGUCACGACUGGACCUAAUGGUCAGGGGUCCCUUUACCUUUACUUUUAGUCAUCUGGUCAUAGGUUCAGGAGUGCCAGCGAUAGAGAGAGAUGCAACUGAGAGAUGCAUCCAGGAAUUGCAUGUGACACUGUGGGUUUCUGGGGUGCACCUCUCAGAUUGUGUGGCCCCACUCUUUGAGCAACCAAAGCAACCAAAGAGCUUUGGCCCAGCCUUGACAAGGGUGUUGGACGGUCCGGGUUAGCCCACCUCAUUAUGUGUGCAAAAAAAAUCUGAUUCUUUAUUUUGGUAGAGAUGGCUGGGGGUGGGGGGAGGAGCAGAAUUCCAAUUAGCCGAAUGGGCACUGUGUGUGUUGGUGGUGAGAGAGACCUGUCCAUGCUACAGCUGGUGCUUUCCAGUCACCUGGACUUAUAGGGCUGUUCCUAUUCUCUGGAUCACUCGUGCUAAUGAUAUCUCACCUGGCACUAAGGAGGGUGCUGCCUGUUCCAUCUUCAGGACUCUAAAGGUGCCCUGGCAGGGAGCAUAUCCGGGACAGAGCUGUAAGGCCUUGUGGGUGGCCAUGUGCACUGUUAGCUGAGCCACAGGCUCUGUUUGCUGAAUGACUGGGGACAGCAUCCCCCCUCUCUCAAUUCCUUUGCAUGUUCUCUUUCUUGAUGGAUGCCCUGCCUUUGGCACUGUUUGUAGCGGACGCUCUGGGUCUCCUGGUAUUGGGUUGCCUCUCCUUGGAAGCAGCUGCAUGCUUAGGCAUUGAGUGUCUUUCCAUUGUGCCCCCUCCUGUCUUGGGCUGGACCAAGUCCCUCUGCCACCAAACUCCUGAGAUUCUCCUGGUCUUGUUUUCUGCCUCUAGUUGUGGGGUUGUAGACUGCAGCCUCCACCACACACAUGCCUCUGUGGUGUGAAGAUAAACAUUUGGCUUUGGGGAUGGGGUGCUGAGCCCCAAAGAAUGAAGCUGUGAACUGUUGAGUGGGCAAAGUGUGUGAGCUUGCUCCAACUGCUAGGCAUGACACACUUGUCACUGCAGUAUAUAUUGGUUAAAACUCAGAAACUGACCAAAAGCAGGGUAGUGAGAGGUUGAAAUGUGGUUGCUUUUUGUCCUUUUCUGAUAAUCUUCUUGAUCUUCUGCUUUAGGCCCAAGCAGGCAGCCUAAGUAGGACUUGGAGGGCUAGAAACCUGGCUGGCGUUUUUGGAUUUCAGCAGUAGCUAAUGAAGGUGUUUUGCCCAACAGGAAGAAGCAGCAGGGACUUGGAGCUUCCUCCAGUGUCGCUGCCAGAAGCCUUAGCCAAUCAAAUGCACCCUGACAAUAAACUGACCAAUCAUGGAAAGACAGGUAACAGCAGUGCCCAGCCCCAGCACCAUAAUGUGAGCCAAAGCCCCACCUGCAACCUGGGCACGAAGGGCGUGGGGGCAGGGAAUCAUGGUGGCAAAGCCAGCCAGCAAACUCCUGGCAACUCUGGACUGAAAACCAGCCAGCCUCCUGUGCCCGUCUUUGGGGCCUUGAAGGGCAAAGUGAAGCGAGAGCGGAGUGUCUCCGUGGACUCCGGAGAGCAGCGGCAGGAAGCCACCACUACCUCACUGGACAAGGAGCUGAAAGGCGAAGUGGCCCCCCGGAGCAAGCGGCGCUGCGUGCUGGAAAGGAAGCAGCCCUACAGUGGGGACGAGUGGUGCUCUGGACCAGACAGCGAGGAGGAAGAGGAGAAGCCUCUCAGCAGCGCCCACAAUUGUAAUGUAGCGGAGUCGGCAAUGACCGCGGCCUCACAGCUGGGCCCGGGACCCAAUCCGCUGCCAGCCUUGAGCGAGAGCAACGCGUCCGGUACACCCCAUGGAGCAACGCCCGGCCUGAGGUCGGACACCAGGAACAGUGGCGGGAAGCAGCCGUUGCAGUUCGUUUAUGUCUUCACGACGUACCUCGCUAACACGGCGGCAGAAGCUGUCCUCCAAGGCCGAGCGGAUUCCAUCCUGGGCUACCACCAGCAGCAUGUGCCCCGGGCCAAGUUGGAUCAGGUGCCCAUCCCAAAGAUACAAGCCACUCCUGAGCCGCUGCCUAUCAACCCGUCUCCUGCAAGCACCCCGCAGUCCCAGCCUGCCAUGCCCCCGAGCAGCCAAGCCCAGGGCCAGCCUCCAACUUCCGCACCACCACCUCCCCAGCCUCCGGCGCCCCCACCACUGGGUCUUGGCCAAGGACCCCUGCCUACGGCCGGCCCCCUCCCGCAAGAGGGGGCUCCUGAGGAUGCCCGCCGGGACCUGACCCCCAACUCUGUUGGGAAUGGCAGCAGCAGCAGCACCGCCCCCAGCGGCACCCAUCCUAACACGCCCACCGCCCCCAGCUCCUUGCCUGCUGGGGCCGCAGAUGGAUUGAUGGGGGAAGGGGCCAACGCUGGGCCCCCCUCGGCGGGGAACGGGCCGCGCAACGCCCUCAACACAGAGGGCCUCUCCAAGGAGCAGCUGGAGCACCGUGAGCGGUCUCUGCAGACCCUGCGGGACAUUGAGCGCCUGCUCUUGCGCAGCAGCGAGGCCGAGCCCUUCCUCAAAGGGAGUCCCGGGGCUGGCGAGGGGGGCGUCCCACCUCCCCAGGCCCCUCCACCCCAGGCCCACCAGGCCCCUCCCCCUGGGGCCGCUGGCUUGAAGAAAUACGAGGAGCCCUUGCAGUCCAUGAUCUCGCAGACUCAGAGCCUGGGGGGCCCCAGCCUGGAGCAGGAGGGCCCUGUUCCCUCUGGAGUGGACAUGGGUCAGCAGAUGAACAUGAUGAUGCAGCGGCUGGGCCAGGACAGCCUGACGCCUGAGCAGGUGGCCUGGCGGAAGCUGCAGGAGGAGUACUACGAGGAAAAGCGGCGCAAGGAGGAGCAGGUGGGCAUGCACGGCGGGCGGCCCCUGCAGGACAUGAUGCUGCCCCAGCCCAUGGGCACCAUGAUGCUGCGGGGGCCUCCGCCGCCCUACCACAGCAAGCCCGGCGAGCAGUGGCUGCUGCGGGGCGUGCCCAUGGACAUGCCCGAGCAGAUGCAGCUGCGGCCGUCCUUUGCGGGGCCGCGAUUCCCUGGGAACCAGAUGCAGAGGGGCUUUGGGGGCAUCCCAAACAUGCCCCUCGAGUCGCUGGGCCCCAUGGGCAGCGUGCAGCGCCCCCCGAGGCCCGGCAUGGCCUGGAACGAGGACAUGCCCAUGGCGGGGCCUGGGAACUUUGCGCCCGGGAACCUGCCCUACUUGCCGGGGCAGGGCGAGGCGGAGCGCUUCGUGACGCCGCGGGCUCGUGAGGAGAUGCUGCGGCACCACCUGGAGAAGCGGCAGGGGGCGAUGCAGCGGCCUCUGGGCAUGGAGAUGGAGCGCAUGAUGCAGGCUCACCGUCAGGUGGAGCCAGCCAUGUUCGCCGGGGAGGGGCUGGGCAUGGAGUUUGGGGGCUCGCGGGCCAUGAUGAGCCCGCCGCUGCGGGACAUGGAGCCGGCGCUGGGCCCCGGCAACCUCAACAUGAACAUGAACGUCAACAUGAACAUGAACAUGAACUUGAACGUGCAGAUGACGCCUCAGCAGCAGCAGAUGCUGAUGUCGCAGAAGAUGCGCGGCCCCGAGAUGAUGCCCUCCGAGGAAAUGGCUCGGCUGCGUGCCCCCAACGGCACUGCAGCCAUGAUGGGGGGCCCCCCGAAAAUGAUGAUGGGCUCGCCGUUCCCCAGUCAGGGGCAGCAGCAGCCGCCACCGCCUCCUCAGCAGCAGCAACAAGGCUUCCCAGGCAUGCAGGGCCCAUACCCUGCUGUGCCACAGGAGAUGGGCAACGCUACAGACAUGUUUGGCCCUGAGCAGGGGGGCAUGGGCAGCACCACGCGGCUCAGCCACAUCCCCCUGCCCCCCACCACCAGCGCCCCGUCCACAAACAUGCACCAGGCGCCUGUCAGAGGCCUGGGCCGCCGCCCUUCCGACCUGGCCCUCAACAUGGGGCAGAUGAACUCUCCCAGCGUGGGCCGCCUCAAGUCUCCAACGCUCAGCCAAGUUCAUUCCCCGCUGGGCACCUCCCCUUCUGCCAACCUCAAGUCUCCACAGACGCCCUCCGCCAUGGUCAACCUGCCAGCCGCCAGUGCCACCAGUGCCCCGCUCAAGUCCCCGCAAGUUCUCAGCUCCGUGCUCAACGUCCGAUCCCCCACCAGCUCCCCCAGCCACCUCAAGUCCCCGUCCAUGGCUGUCUCUUCUCCAGGGUGGGCGCCGUCGCCCAAAAACGCCCUUUCCAGCCCUGGCAUCGGGCAGAGCAAGUCAGCCCUUGGAAUGAGCAACUCUGCACCCCUGGGCAGCAUCGAGCAAGAUCCACCCCCGUCCCAGAACCCCUUGUCACUCAUGAUGUCCCAGAUGUCCAAGUACGCCAUGCCCAGCUCCACCCCUCUCUACCACAACGCCAUCAAGACCAUCGCCACCUCGGACGAUGAAAUGAUGCCCGACCGGCCGAUGCUUCCGCCAGGUGCCAUGUCUGGCAUGGGUGGGAACCAGCCCGGCCAGAUGCACAUGAACUCCGUGGGGCCAGCUCCUGCUCAGAGCCCCAUGGGGAUGAACCUUCCGGGGCAGCAGCCACUUUCGCACGAGCCUUCAAUGUCCUCGCCAAGCCCCCUGGGCGGCAACAUUCCCAUGCACAGCGGUGCGCCCCCCCAGAACCCAAUGAUGCUGCCCCCCAAUGCCCAGGACUCCCUGAACCAGCCCUGUGGCCCUUCUGGACAGCUGAUCUUCCCCCAGCGCCUCCAGCAGCCCCCCGCGAAUGGGGGCAAUAUGCCCAUGGCUCCCGGGGGGCCCGGUGUCCAGCAACACUAUCCGCCAGGCUUGGGACUGCCCCCGGAGGAACUGCCCCCACCACAGCCAGGACAAAUGCCACCGCAGCAGCAGCAACGCAUGGCUGGGAGGAUGCCGCCGGAGCCCUACCCAUCGGUGCUUCCUGGUGUGGCUUCGGUGCUCAACGACCCGGAGCUGAGCGAUGUGAUCCGCCCCACGCCCACCGGCAUCCCUGAAUUCGACUUGUCGCGCAUCAUCCCGUCCGAGAAGCCCAGCAGCACGCUGCAGUACUUCCCCAAGGGUGAGGGGCCGGGGCCCAAGGCACAGCCGCCCUCCAACCUGCACCUCAUGAACUUGCAGAACAUGAUGGCAGAGCAGGCGCCGGCCCGGCCCGGCCCUCCGGGCAUGCAGCGUGGGAUGGCCAUGUGCCACCCGGGACAGGUGCCCCCCGUGCUGGGCAGGACAGGCCUGGCGCCCCAGCAAGCCAUGAUGAGCAACAGCAUGCACCAGGGCAUGAUGUUGCCCCAGCAGCAGAACCUCCUCGCCCAGCAGAACUUCUUGCUCAUGCAGGCCAAGCAGCGCAGCAUGUCCGUCUCGGGGGAGAUGUAUGCGCAGCCAGGUCACAUGAUCUCCCCACAAGGCUCGCUCAUGGGCCCCCCACCCCAGCAGAACCUCAUGGUCUCACACCCCAUGCGGCAGCGCAGCGUCUCCCUGGACGGUCAGAUGAGCUAUGGCCCAGGAGCGGGCGGCAUGACCAACCUGCCCUUCUGAGGCUGGCAGUGGGGAGCCUCCUGGUGCAGCCAUGCUGAUGCCAUCCCCUGUCUCUGCCCUGGCACAGAGUUUGGUUUGGAUCUUUCCUCUGAGUGUGAAUUUCUUUCUUUCUUUCUUUCUUUCUUUCUUUCUUUCUUUCUUUCUUUCUUUCUUUCUUUCUUUCUUUCUUUCUUUCUCGGUUUCUCUCUCUCUUUUUCUCUUUUUCUCUUUCUCUUUUUUUAAGUAACCAAAAUGUGCAAGAGGGUUUGGAACAGCUGUAAAUAGGUUGGGGGGAAGCAGCAGCAGCAGCAGCAAAGAUUUGCUGGCUUGGAAUUGUUUGUAUUUCUGUGUUUUAAUAGAAGCCUCAAAACCUGUUUUUUUGGAAGAAACAAAUGAAAAUACAACCCAUUGACAAAGUUCGACUCAUUGUGGACUGGAAAUCCCGAGCUUAAGGGCCUAGAUGCAGGUUCCACCAGCUGAUUCUCUCUGCUAGGUGCCAGCUAGUCAGGUGAUGCAGUGGCCCUCUGCGUAGUCUGGCAGAAUGCCUUCCCACCCACCCCUCUUUCCCCUUUUCCCUAUGUGAGGAAAGGACGUCCUUUGGCUUGUAUGGUUUUGGUCCAGUCUAGCCAUGCUGUCAGCCCAGCAGCUCUACACACUGGGUCACUAGUUUGGCACACAACCAUAUAUUUUACCCCCUGAACUCCACACAAGACAUUGGUCCCCUAGCAGGUUGGGAGUAGGUUGGAUGUCUGCCUCUCUUCUCUCUCAUGUGUGCAGUCAUAGCAUUUGGAAAUGAAUGGCCCUCUUCUACACACACACACACACACACACACACACACACACAGGCAGAAUGGGAAAUGUAACUUAAAUGUUGGCCGCCUCCUACCAUAAGCAUCUCACGUUUAGCACCCUUUUCUUCCACGGUUUCCCCUCCAAGAACAGAAAUGCCAGCAUUCCCAUAUUAUUUUGGCUUGUUGCAGUUGCCACAUAUGUUCUCUCACAGGUUGAGCAACCCUUUGCCCUGGUGUAUCUCUUCCUGUCCCCUGCCCCCCCCUCAAAAAACCCCACCUCUAUACACAUGUCACAUAAUGAGAGCAAAGUGGGGGGACAUCAUAGUAAUCGUGAUUCAGUCCAUGUCAAACAAAAGUUUCAUUGAUCUCCUUUACUUGAUUUGGCUUGAAUCAUAGAAACGAGCCAGUUGAAUGAACGGAGACUAAAAGCUGGCUUUGCCAGAGCUCUGAAUGGGAACAUUUGAAAAGCCCCAUCUGCACUUUUGGACUGUUCCGGAUUGAAGUACAGUAUUUGCAUACAGAAAAAGUGAGCAGCUUGAUGACUAAAAGCAAAUAUAAUGCAGAUCUCUGAUACGACAAAGUUCUAGGCAUCUAGUAUUAAGGAGUGGGUGUUCCCCACAUCUCCCCACCCACCCCAUGCUCUUCUGCGCUUGUUCCAGUGCUGCACACACCUCGGUAGCAUUUAUCUGUUCCUUCCCCACCGAGCCUCUAUGGCAAAAAACCAUCACCAGCUGGGUGGUACCAAGAUGACACCAGGACCUGCAAGCUUGCUCACAAGGACGACAUUCCCAAGCCCUUAGGGUGUGCCACGUAAUAAAGCCCAAAUUACUUGCCCCAUUUUAAAUUCCAUCUUGCCCUUUGAAAGGUGUGCGGUACUACUUACGGAAGUGUGGAGAUGUCUUCAUCCUCCUGCUGGCAGCAGAGAUGACCUGGGAGGCAUCCCCAAACUCCGGCCCUCCAGAUGUUUUGGACUACAAUUCCCAUCUUCCCCAACCACUGGUCCUGUUAGCUAGGGAUCAUGGGAGUUGUAGGCCAAAACAUCUGGAGGGCCACAGUUUGGGGGUGCCUGAUCUAACGUGUUCUGCACUCAAAACUGAUCAGUGGAAGGGGUACAGAAGUGAGCGAAGGGGAAGCGGGGAGUCACUCGUCCUGAAAAAUCAAAGGGAAAUGUUCCUGGUUUGCGUAUUUGCCCUUGUAGCUGUUGCCCCAGCCCGAAGCCUGCAAACCUGAUCCUCUGUGGCAGCCACACCUGCCAGGUGUGUCACCUUCUUCCAAUCUGCUGCGUCUGGUUCAUCAGCAAUAUGGUGGUCCUGGGCCCCUUGCCACGCAGUCAUUCGCACAGCAGCCUUUGCUCCCUCCCUGCCUCACCUUGCGCUGUGAACAUUGUCCAGUCUCGUGUCUUGUGCUUUCUUGCUCAGCUCCCCAGCUUGAGCGACGUCUGCUGAAAGUCUGCCCUGAUCUCCUCUGUCUCUUGCCACAACCUGUCCAUUUCCUGUUCUCAACACACACACACACACACACACACACACACACACACACACACCUGACCCAAGCGAUGCAAUUUCAUGCAAUCCAGAAUUCCCACAACGGAUGUGUUUGUGCCCAGGUAAUGGGGACUGGCCCGCUCUCUUGUCAUCCCAUGUGGGGAGGGGGAAGGCCCCUCUCCCUGCCACCCAUGCAUUUUGUACCAUUCUAUAAAUAUAUAUAUAUAUAUAUAAAUAUAUAAAUACAAUAUGUGAAGACAUCUUAUUGGUUUUUAUUUUGAAAUGAUUUCUAGGCUUGUUUUUGGGUAUCUGUGCUGCCUGUAACGUAUUGAUUGACCUGUUUUAUAGGUGCCUUUUUAUUAAAAAGACAUUUCAAAACUCUCUUGGAAGGAGCCUUUUGUGGUGUCUUUGAGUGUGGGCAGGAAAGGGCUGCUUGCUAGUCUAAUGUAUGAUUGAGAGGGGGCCCGAUUCUGCAGAGUUGGGUUGUCUGGACUUUCCCUGGCCACAAUAUUCUGUGCAUGUACACACCCACCCUCAUGAUAAGACCCAUUUUUUUGCUGACAAGGGUAAUGGGAAGCAAGCCCACUGGCCGUGGAGGGUGUGAAAGGUGAAAAUUUCACCCAUUUGGUCCAAAGGAAAGCUGGGAUGGAAGAACUGUGUUUGUUUAUCAGGAAGUUAGUGGUAGAAGGGAAGCCAACUAGGGUGCAAGUCCAAAUGAGGUUCCCUGCUGAAAGAGGAUGGCUGGAGAGUUGGCUUUCCACGGGGUAAGCCACUAGGUGGCUCAGGACUUGGUUGUAUCCAAUUCGAUUCAGGGUAUUCCAUUUACAGUCAUAGCUUGGUUCUCGGACAGAAUGCGUUCCGGGAGUCCAUUCAACUUCUGGAACUGUUCGAAAACCAGACACUCACUUCUGGUUUUUGAUCGUUCGGGAGCCGAAAUGUAUGAGUUCCGGGGCAUUCGACAACCAAGGUACGACUGUACUGUUGCUCUAAGGGAGACCACAAAGUAUCUCGGCCUUCCCAAGAGCCUCUCCAGGCCUUUGAUUUGCCAUCCUGAGCCUGUUUCAUAAAUGGAUGCCAGCAGGAGCAGGAGGGGAAAGUGGGCACAAAAUCACUUUAUUUAAUGUACCCUCUGAUAUUAUUUGCAAUAGGAGCAGAAUUAUGCUGAGUUAACAUUUCACACAAGCUUCUCAUGCCCCCCCUCCACACACACGCACACACACACCCUCCCCAGCUGCAUGAGCAACACACACACCUUGCCAGCUCCCAAACAAACAAGGACUCCUGCGCAGGGAGGCAACAGGUGCUGCACUGACAGGAGAUACUCACCUUGUUGAAUGGGGAGCUGCAUGCAAUCCUAGGGUGCAAGUCCAAAUGAGGUUCCCUGCUGAAAGAGGGCGGUUGCAGAGUUGGCUUUCCACGGGGUAAGGCAACAUGUUAGGGAGAAUUCCAUCCAUUUGGUACAAAGGAAAGCUGGGAUACGAGAACUGCAUUUGUUUACCAGGAAGUUAGUGGUAGAAGGGAAGCCAACUCAAAGAGUUCACCCUGUGCUGUUGGUGCUGGCUUCAGUCUCUCCACUGAACUAGGAAGGCAAACGUCUGCCCUUUGUUCACUUCCUGGACAGGGUACCCUGGCUGCAGACGUCCUUACUUGAGCGCUGGCAAGACAGCCCAGCUGCCAAGUUGCACAGAAGCCACUUUGCACCAUGGGAUUUCCUCGUCCAAGCAAGACGAAUUUAAACUGGCAGCCAUAACAUGUCCAUUGAGCGGUUUCCUGUUUCCGGCAGUGGGGAAUGGUUGACUCCCAUACGAUUGGACCCCGGCCGUGCCAGUAAUUCAGGGCUCAUAUGGGGAUAAUUAGCCCUGGCAGACUCCCCAGGGUGGAAGAGGACCGUCUCGUAGACCUGCAGAUUGUCCGAGAUUGCCAGCUUGCAUUGUGCAAGCGACAGGACACUGGGUCCCAGAGCACGACAUGGCCGGCACUCUCUGAAGCCACUCCCAUAGCCAGGAAUAUCUGUUUUGAUAAAAUAAUCAGAUUUGGACAAUAAACAGACAUAGUCUGGACCGAAGAAGACUUGAGAAAAAACCUGCAGAAUGGUACAGUCCCUGAUGUUUAAGCUCGGACUUCAAAGAGAUUCUCAUCAUGAUGUUUGGAUUAUGAAGGAUGGUAUGUUCUUUUUUUCCUUCUCAACAUUUACAAUUGGUCUUCUACGCCAAGCCUCAUUAAGAAACCUAAUUUAUUUUGAGGAGUACAGAUGGACUUCUAUUUACAAUUAAAUAUUCAACUGCGCAGCUUUAUUUGGUUUGAAAGACUUGAUAAGACUUGAUAAAAGAAGAAACAAGAUGGCGCAUGUGACGCAGCACAGAAAAAUGAGAGUUCCUCCCUGUUUUGAGGGAAGUGGGAGGUGUUUGCUGGCUGACUUUGUAGUGGUUUGAGGCAAUAAUUUGGGACAAUAUUUGCAUCCGUUUGCAGAAUUUAUUCAUUAAGCAUGAGAGAGAAGGCUAAAUGGAUGUCUAGCAGCCCCCCUCCUAGGGCCCAGAAGGGGGGGUUGUGUGGUCUCCGAAAGCCGAUUGAUCGUCAAAUGAUUUAUAUCUGUGGAAUACAGUUCAUUUACAUUGCAAUAUUCAAACAGAAUGCCUAACAUCAAAGACAGACUUGGACAACAGCCCGGAUGGGAAUAACUCUACAAUUUAAUGAUAUGGUAGUUGCUGCAUCAUUAAACUUUAAAAGAAGACCUAGAUAACAGUUGGAAAAAUAUAUAUUUACAAAUAAAGCUAUACUCUAUGGAUGUAAGGAUAUACAGUGGUACCUCUACUUACGAAUUUAAUGCGUUCCAAACACACAUUUGUAAGUCGAAAAAAAUUGUAAGUCGAAUCCCAUAGGAAUGCAUUGGGAGAAAACAUUCGUAAGUAGAAGCAACCCUAUAUAAAAAUUCGUAAGUAGAAAAAAUCCUAUCUAAACUGUAUCCAAGAUGGCGGACGGAGCUCCAUUCGUAAGUAGAAACAUUCGUAAGUAGAGUUAUUCAUAAGUAGAGGUACCACUGUAUGAUUAUGGACAUGAUUGAGAAUCGCAUAGCCAGGGACGGAGAACUUUAAAGUGAUAAAAUCGGAAUGUGGAAAAUAGGAGAACAACAGAAAAAGGCAGGAAUGAGACAUGAAAUAUGUUCUUCAAGAGGUCGACUGUAGGAAGCCCGGAAAAUAAUAAUAAUAAGUUGGACUAUAAUUUGGUUCUCUUUUUUUAGUUUAAUAUUUUUGAUUGGAAUAUGAUUAGAUGUUAAUUGGCGGUUUGUAUUGGGAAAUUAAUAAAAAUGAUUUUAAAAAAACCAUGUGCAUUGAGCAUGGCGCUGCUCUUUUCCCUUUCAGAGUCUGUGACAACACGAGCAGCUUCUCUUUGGGUUCAUUUUGCCUUGUCCUGCUUGCUUAAAAGGUACUCUAGGCUAGGAAUGGGUCUCCAGUUGGAGAGUCCAAACAUCUUCAGGAGAACUGGGAAGUAGCCACAGGUAUUUCCAGAUCCUGUUUGGAACAAGCUUAUUACUGGCAUAGGCCAGUGCUGGGUAGGGGGAAAUGUAAUGGAGAGGGGGACCUGACUGUUUCCUUUCAUGUUGGUUUCCUGCCUUUCCUUAAAUAAUUUUGUAGAAGGCUGCAGGAGUCAAGAUUUGGUACAACUGUUGGGAAGGAAGUUUUGGAGGAAAAUAAAAUUUCGAGUUGCAAAGGUUUUAGGUUAUAAAGCCCCCUUUCACACAGCAUUUCAUUUUUAAAAGAAAAAUUGUGUAGAACAUUUGGUUAGGCCAGAACAUAAGGAACUGUUUUUAAUAGGCUUGUUGAGAAUAGAAUCCUGUACACGAAAUAUUGAAGAUUAUUUCCAACACUUAAAGAAUAGAUGGAUAAAAUAUGUGACUGCCCUUUAUUUA